UAUAAAGCGUGAGGCCUCUUAAGUUCCUGUAUUUCAUGGUGAUACAUAAAGCGUGGUGAUGAGGUCCCUUCCGUUUUAAUCUUUCGGUCCCCUUAAUGUGAAAAUGUCGCACGGUGCAAGUCGUUAUAAGAAGGCUCAUGCCAAAAUGCGCUGGAAGUGGAAAAAGAAGAGGACACGUCGUUUGCAACGUAAGAGGCGAAAGAUGAGGCAACGUUCAAGAUAAACUUAUUUCUUUAAUAUCCUUUUUACCUGUCAAUAUACGCUACCUAUUGCUUUAGUAUGGUGCAAAGGUGUAUCAUCAUAUCAUUCUUCUGUUUGAUCCGAAUCUUGUUUCGGUGAAGUUUACAAAACACAUUAAAGUUUGUGCUGUCGCAUUGGUGUAAAUUUAACUGCUAUUUUCUUGUAAUAUAGCACAUUUGAAACAACAGAAGAAAAGGACAGCGUUUGGUUGCCAAGUGAUGAGAAUAUUUGCAAGUUUUCGCACCGAAGACGACAUUUUGCUGCAAUCUGUUCUGGGCAUAUUAAAAUUUCCUAGGUAUAAAGGGUAUGAUAUCAGCCAAAAGGCAGUGCUGUCUAUUUGUUUCUUUCGCCAUCGAGUCCAAAUUUAUAGGACACUUUGCAUUACAAUUGAAGUAGGAAGAUGGCUAAUAAAUAGCGAGUGGAUGAAUAAUAUGAAAAUUAGCUAACAAUUAAUGCAAUAUUGCACUAUUCCUUCAAAAUGUUGUCAUGCAUAGAUAUUUUAAAA